CCCUUCAAGCCGGUGGGGGUGGGUAGAUGAUAUCCCAGUCAUAUAUCACGAGCGUGUUGCCUGAGUGGCCGCUUUCAGCGCGGACAACCCGAUAUUUUUGUGUUUGAGACUCGUUGCCCAUGUUCUUUAUAUCUGGUAUGAAAACUUCUUUGAAGCGGUUUUUCUAUUGUAUCGUGUCUGCUUGACAAGCCUUUACUGGAAUUCAACUUUGCUUAACCCUUUAUCACUUCAUUCUCGAUUUCAUAUCAAAAGAGGUGCCUGGAGAUUAUGUCGGCAACCUUUGGGCCCAAUAUUUCUUUGGUAAAUCGUUGGACUCAGUCCACCAGGAAUCCGAGAGCGAGAUCAUCAGUCCCACAUGGAGGCGGAUCGCCCUUGGUUAUGUACAAGAAUGGCGUCUAUUAUCCCAACUGGCGAGUGCAUCACGAUCAGCCACCGUCUUCCUUGAUGCUGGAUGCUAUUUCGCAUGUCUUUUAUGCUUCUGCUUGGGUAAAGACAGAUGGGACUGUUUUUCUGAGCGAUGAGUGGGCCGAUUCAGGCAUAGAAGUUGACGGACAGCUGGGCUGCUUACGAGCAUUUGCUUCGCUCAAGCGUAAACACUCGCAACUUAAGUUGAUUCUUUCCAUUGGCGGAGGAAAUCAAGGAAGCGAUGGAUUUGCGCAGGCUGCGUCAUCGCCAUCAGGACGUGCCCAGUUUGCCACAUCAGCAAGAACCUUAAUUAACCAAUUUGGCUUCGAUGGAAUUGAUGUGGACUGGGAAUACCCCUCGAGCGUCGAGGAAGGCAAUGACUACAUCCUCCUUCUAGCUACGAUCCGGUCCUUUCUACCCUCGGGACAGUACAUUCUAACCUCCGCCUUAUCAGCGGGCGAGUGGGCUCUAAAGCACAUUGAUCUUGUCGCCGCUGCCGGCUACGUUGAUCUAAUCAACCUUAUGGCUUACGAUUUCUACGGACCAUGGACAGACAAAGCAGGACAUCAAGCCCAGCUAUACGCACCGAAGAACCUUCCGCCAGCUGAUCCAGCAAACAUGUCCUGUCAAUCAGCCGUGAACUACAUGCUUUCGCGAGACGUCCCAGCUAAUAAGAUACUAUUGGGAAUACCAACAUAUGGUCGAUCCUUCAAAGGUGCUGAAGGGGUAGGUCAGUCGCACAGUGGUCAAGAAGGGGACAGCGGCACUUUUGAAUACAAAGACCUUCCGGGUCCCGGUGCUCGUGAGGCUGUCGAUGAAGAACUAGGAGCCGCUUUUGCUAUAGGUGGUCCCGGUGGCUUUGUAUCGUAUGACAAUCCCACCACUGUGAAAAUGAAGGCCAACUUCGUCAAGCAGACAGGUCUAGCCGGGCUCUUUUACUGGCCUGGCACUUCAGAUGUUAGAGGUCCCCGAAGUUUGAUACAGACCGGUUUCACCACUUUGCAUCAAUUUGAUUGACUGCA